GUCAUAUGUCAUAUACGAGCGACGCAGUCAUAAGUCGUGACUUUGUGAAUGUGUUAAACCACGGAACAGGUGUUUUGAUUCCCUUGAAUCUUUUGUUAUAAAGUGACAGUUAACAGUUCACAGAUACGUUUUCAAAAGGGUGACUGUUCAGUGUCCAUUUUAGAGAUACGUACAACAUCGAAACGAAGAAAUUAUCAUUUCUCUGUUUACGUCAUCUGAUUUUGUUGAGUGUUCGCCAUGCCAAUUUUGUAUACAGUGGUGGCCAGAGGGCCUACGAUACUCGUGAAACAUGCCACCUGUGCUGGAAACUUUCAAGAAUUCACGGAGAUAUUUCUUGCUCGAAUUCCUCCUCAAAAUGACAAGUUAACGUACUCGCACGGAUCUUAUUUGUUUCAUUACAUCUGCGAGAAUAACAUUAUAUACAUGUGUAUCACGGAUGAUGAGUUUCAAAAGUCCAGGGCAUUUUUGUAUCUUACAGAAAUUAAAAGAAGGUUUCUGACUAUUUACGGCGAGGGUGCGCAAACCGCUCUCGCAUACUCAAUGAACACAGAAUUUGGUAGAAUUUUAGCCAACGAAAUGAAAUAUUACGACGAGUCGAAUAAGGACAUCGACUUAUUGUCUAAAGUUCACGGUGAACUGGACGAAUUGACUGAUAUAAUGGUGAAAAACAUCGAUAGUUUAACUACGCGUGGCGAACGAUUAGAGCUUCUCGUACAUAAAACGGAAAAUCUAACUGCUAGCUCCGUUACGUUUAGGAAAACCAGUAGAAACUUGGCUCGUUCGUUGUUCUGGAAGAACGUUAAAAUUUAUUUAAUUAUCGGUGCUAUCCUAAUCGUUGUGACGUUCGUUAUUGUGUCCUUGUCUUGCGGAGGUCUUACUUGGCCAAAUUGCGUCGGAAAGUAAUAAACGUACGCAACGUACAGACGGAAUAUAGCGUCUCUGAAAUGUGAUGAAAAAUUAUCUGAAUAUGGGUCGAUGGUCGGGCUGUGCGCGGAAGGAUAUUUUUAAGGAAAUAGAAAAAAAGACGCGAUGCGGAUUUUAUUUCUUGGUUCGUCGUGCGUAUAAGAGAUCGAGAAAUAAUGUUCGAUCCUGCGAUACGUAUGUAAGAAUAAUACGAAUACCCUUACAAGAAGUAUGUAUAGAUAUAAAUAUGUAUAACACUUACAUUAUUUUUAUUAUAUCACCGGAAAGGUGUCGAUACCAUUUAUAUGUUCCAAACGAGAAGUAUAAUUUUAAUGUCAAUCAUGUAUGUACAUUGUAUCAUACGAUUACGUUCCAUGAAAGAGCGAUAAAAUAAAAUAAUUAUAUUACACGAA